UUUCCAUCAGUCUGAAAGGACGUUGGUGUUGAGGUUGGCGUACGUAUCAAGGACAGUAACUACCAUGGCUUCUGAAGUUUUGGUAAAACCUCAGAUGCGUGGCCUUCUGGCCAGGCGUCUGCGAAUUCAUAUGGUUGGAGCAUUCCUGGUAUCCCUGGGGGUUGCAGCUCUCUAUAAGUUUGGUGUGGCUGAACCAAAAAAGAAGGCAUAUGCAGAUUUCUACAAAAAUUACAGUCCCGAGAAAGAUUUUGAGGAGAUGAAGAAGGCUGGUAUCUUUCGUAGUAUAAAGUGAUCUUGGAAUAGAAAGAAUUUCUUCAGGUUGAAUUACCUAGAAGUUUGUCACUGACUCGGGUUCCUGAACUAUGACAAAUGAAUAUGUGGGCUAAGAAAUAGUUUCUCUUGAUGAAUAAACAAUUAACAAAUAAAAAA